AAUAUAGGUUCUUUUACUAAUGACGAUUAUUUUAGGAUAUUGUACCUAAAAAUCCCCCAAUGUAUUACAUAUUAUUUUUAAUGAACAUGUAUUGCACUAAUGAUUAAUUCCGGAUAUUUGGCUUGGUCAAUUACACAAACUGGUUUUAGAAUGCUCCAAAAAUAACAGUAAUCGCAACAAUCAGAGUCAGAGCCACCUGUGGGGGGCGCUGCCGCCUUUUUCGCGCCAAGGUAAAACACGUGAACGGGCCGGCCCGAAUGCUGAGUCACCUUUCAAAAGCAAAACUGAGCGCCGUGCUCCACUUGAUUUGAAAGUGGGAUUUUUUUCUUUGCGGAAUUCUCCGGAGAGGAGAUAUCGUUUGCUUUUCCCAGCUGUUUCAUGCCGUCAAGCGCCAAACACAUUCUAACAUUCGUAGCGCUCGGACGCGAUCUGUAGGUUCCAGUGGCAGUAAAGUUAUCGCCCCAACGUGCGCAUCUCACGUAGUAGAUAAGAGCAAUUCCAUAAAUGAUAAUGACGAGUGCCGAACAAUUACAAGGCUGUCUGGACGAAGUCUGCGGACUUCCUGAUCAGCGGAGUAGUGCCGCCAGCUCCUCCUACGAGGGAUUCUACUUUGGCUUCUGUACGCUCGUCUCGCAUAUUCUGCUGGCCGGGAUCACCGGAGCCAUUGUCUACAAAUGCCUGGUCCUCAAGCUGGUACACACAGCUGGACAUGCAUUCUACUGCACAAUCGCCUUUGUGUUCUUCAUGGGGGAGGCUCUUUUGAUCCGGAAUAGCAAGUAUCUUGAGUCGUGGAUAGGGUCUCUAAAUCUGAAUCGCCUGCACGCCGUUCUUGGGCUGCUGGCCUUUUUCGUCGGGGUAGGAGGAAUUGCCAUCAAGACACUGCAGAAGCUGGAACGCAAACGUGAAGACCCAAACGCCACGGUUAGGCAUUUCAAGAGUAACCACGGGUUUUAUGGCAUAAUCGGCUGCGGACUUCUGUUGGGGAGCGUAGUCACUGGCCUACCGUUGUAUUUCGUCAAUGCGGGCCUCACCUUGAAGCUGAUCCAUCGGUUCUUUGGUUUGGCCGGAUUUCUCGCACUGAUGGUUUCGCAAAUGUUUGGCUAUAACACCGGAUUUGGCCGAAGGCAGUGGAAGCCUCAGCACCAGAAGCUUUUCAAGUUCUUCACUUUUAUUGCCACUAUAUUGACGGUUAAUUACGAGCUCCGUCGAUUUGCCAAAGAUGUGAUUAGCCUGACAACCAACUAUGUGUUUGCAUCACAGUCGGCCCAUACAAGGGAUGAUCUGUAAAGGAUUUAACUGAAUUGAGUAGAGCUACUCAGGGGAAAUAUCGGUACAUUAGAGAAUAUGUGAGGUUCAUAUUCCACAAAUAAGUAUUGUAGGUUUAUUAAUUGCCAAAUAAAUACAUACAUUCGCUGACAAAUAGGUGAAGGCACUGAAAACCAAAA